AUGUUCAAUUAUACGGCAUUUGAGAUCAUAUUAACGGCGCUAACCGUAACCUGCGGUAAGGGUAUUCGCAUGCGCACGCGUCUAUAUGUAAAUCCUGAAGCGGCCUUCGCUGUUGAUUGCUCACGCCAAUUGGUAUCGAAAGAAAUGUGUGCAGCUCCAAUAGCCGAAUGCAACGGUCAACCACAAGACGAUGACGACGAAGGCGAGAACUUGGCACGAGCCGCGUCGCUGGUAACUGAUGACGGUGAAGGCGCAGGCGUAUGUAAGACCACACCUUGGAGCGUUUGGUCCGAAUGUUCGGCUAGUUGCGGUAUUGGCAUAACGAUGCGCACGCGUACUUUUCUCAAUCACCUCGGUCGUAAACGCUGCCCACAUAUUACCAUAGUUGAAAAACAAAAGUGUAUGCGUCCCGAUUGCACCUUUGAAGAGGUGGAAUUACCCGAUCCCAUGUGCCCUACCACGCAAUGGAGUGAUUGGAGCCCCUGCACGGCCACAUGUGGACGCGGUGUUACAAUACGUACACGUCUCCUUCUAUUGGAGAAUGGCGCGGUCAAGGAUAACUGUACAAAACGCAUGGAAUUAAAUCAGCAAAAGGAAUGCACUGUGCCACAAGAGUGCACCAUUAACAUGGAGAUGGCCAAAGAAAUUUGUGUCGAGUCCUAUGACAGUGGUCCAUGUCGUGGCGUAUACAAACGUUAUGCUUACAAUAUGGAGUAUGGACGUUGUGAAAGUUUCACUUAUGGUGGCUGUCGUGGCAAUCGCAAUAAUUUCCUUACCGAAAGCGAUUGCUUGAAUACCUGCAGCAUGUUGCGCACCGCAGCCUUUACCAAUUCUCGAGCACCGUCCCGGCUAUCUUAUCCUGAAGCAUAUCAAGCUGCAGAUUAUGGUGCCGUAGAUUGCGUUAUGUCCGAGUGGUCUAAUUGGUCUCAAUGCAGCGUUAGCUGUGGCACGGGAUACUCUAAUCGGAGUAGAUACGUAAUAACUGAACCGAAGAACGGCGGCCAGCCGUGUCCUAAGCGCAAGGUGAAAGUACGCCGUUGCAUAAUGGCUGAUUGUUGAAAGCUAUUUCAUUAGGAACUUAAAGUAUAAGUAAACUGUAAUUCAGAAAAUCUAAAAUUUGGGGAAAAGUACUUUAUUCACACCUGUACUAAUUGUAACAAGCAAUUUAAAUGGAAAAUCAUUUUUCGUUUUCUAUCAGUUACAUAUAUAAAAUUAAAAAAAUUAAAAUAAUUUUUCACUUAACUAGCUUUCGUGAAAUUGGCUGUUAGUGCCUGAAAAUAAAUAACUUUAAAUAAAAUUAUGUUCGCGAGCUCAUAAUAUUA